GGUCACCAUCUUGAGUGACAGCAGAGGCGGAGCUCCGACCGACAGGUUCAUGAAGGGCCAAGCUCCGAGGGCGCCUCCCCGACAGCGAUUGAGCGCGAACCGCGGUGGGCGGAGGCAGGCGGCCGUGGCCCCGCCCCCGGGCCUGGGCCCCGCCUCCCGGCCCCACUUCCGCCGGGCGAGCGUCGGCCGGCGGCGCUGCCGUAAGUCGGGCCGGCGGUUUGCCGCAUCACGAAAGAUGGCGGCCGCGGCGGUGAACGGGGCCUCGAACUCGGGGCCUGCGGCGGCCUCGGGCGCGAUCCUGCAGGCCGCGGCCGGCAUGUACGAGCAACUCAAGGGCGAGUGGAACCGGAAAAGCCCCAAUCUGAGCAAGUGCGGGGAGGAGCUGGGCCGGCUCAAGCUGGUUUUGCUGGAGCUCAACUUCCUGCCAACCACAGGGACCAAACUGACCAAACAGCAGCUCAUUCUGGCCCGUGACAUCCUGGAGAUCGGGGCCCAGUGGAGCAUCCUGCGCAAGGACAUCCCCUCCUUCGAGCGAUACAUGGCCCAGCUCAAAUGCUACUACUUUGAUUACAAGGAGCAGCUCCCCGAGUCGGCUUACAUGCACCAGCUCUUGGGGCUCAACCUUCUCUUCCUGCUGUCCCAGAACCGGGUGGCCGAGUUCCACACGGAGCUGGAGCGGCUGCCUGCCAAGGACAUCCAGACCAACGUGUACAUCAAGCACCCUGUGUCCCUGGAGCAGUACCUGAUGGAGGGCAGCUACAACAAGGUGUUCCUGGCCAAAGGCAACAUCCCUGCCGAGAGCUAUACCUUCUUCAUCGACAUCCUGCUCGACACGAUCAGGGAUGAGAUUGCUGGGUGCAUCGAGAAGGCCUAUGAGAAAAUCCUCUUCGCUGAGGCCACCCGGAUCCUCUUCUUCAACACACCCAAAAAGAUGACGGACUACGCCAAGAAGCGCGGGUGGGUCCUGGGCCUCAACAACUACUACAGCUUUGCCAGCCAGCAGCAGAAGCCAGAAGACACCACCAUCCCCUCCACGGAACUGGCCAAACAGGUCAUCGAGUACGCACGGCAGCUGGAGAUGAUCGUCUGAGUCCCGGGCUCGGGGUGGGGCAGGGCUUACAUUAUUUAAAGCAGUGGCAGUCUAGGGUCCCCUCCAAUAAAGGUGGAUUCACAUUCUCUCUCCGAGGCCCUUGUCUCCCCGGGUGGAAUGGUGGGGAGACACAUUCUCAUCUCGGAAGAACUGGGAAGUUUGGGGGCCCUCGUGGGUCUGAGAUAACCCUGGGUCUCAUCUGCCUCUGUCCAGUGGCCAUUGCUCAAGGUCUCGCAUACAGAUGCCCACGCAGGGGCCCAGUGGCGGCGCUGUGGCCUGCGGGAGAGCCAGGCCCUGGGGGGAGGGACCGUUGCAGCCAGCUGUGGACACACACAGGAAGGCCAGGCCAAGGCACUAGAGUUUUUCAGUGAAGGGGGUGAAGGGUCCUAUUUUUAAAAAUGUUUGCAAUGAAUUAAACUGGUUUUGUAAAUGA